AUGAAGUUUAAAAUGAUUCUUAGGAGUAAUUCAGAGCCAUCCAUUAUCUUUGUCAUAGAUAUUCUUUUCAAGGCAUUUGUCUACAGGAGGACAUUCAUUGCCAUCCUAAUUCCCAAUCACAUGAAGAAAAUCACUAGUAGUUGUGGAAUGGUUAAACUGAGGCGCCUAACAUUUUUAACUUGCAACAAUUAUAACUGUAUUUUUGAGAAUUUUGAAACAAGCAUUGGUAUGAAGGAAAUUGAAAUUGCUUUUCUAGUGGUGAUGUCUUAUGACCGCUAUAUUGCCAUCUGCCAUCCCCUGCACUAUGGGCUCACUGUCACCCCACAGGUGUGUGUACAGGCAGCAGGGGGCUCAUGGGCCAGUGGACUGCUCUAUUCUGCAAUCCAUACAGUCACCAUGUUCAGGCUUCCCUUCACAAAGUCUAAUGUGAUUUAUCAAUAUUUCUGUGAUGUACCUCAAAUUUUGAGGAUAACAUCUUCAGAUGUUCAGUUUUCUGAAUCUGUACUCCUUGCUGUAAGUUCUGGCAUUAUCUUAGCGUGUUUUGCCUUCCUGUUUAUGUCAUAUAUUAAAAUAUUUUCAAGUGUGCUUCAGAUCCGUUCUGUGGAAGCCCGUAACAAAGCUUUAUCUACUUGUACCCCACAGUUGGCUAUUCUCUUUUUGUUUGUUAUUUCUGCAUUAAUCGCUGUCCUAGGUCCUACUGCAAAUAAAGCAUCUCUUAAAAAUCUUCUGACAGCCAUGUUCUACACCAUGCUGCCCCCACUUAUAAACCCCCUCAUCUAUAGUCUACGGAACAGGGAAAUUAACUUUGCUCUAGGCAGAAUGUACAAAAACACACCCUUGUGA